AUGGCCACAGGUUCGCUGGCUAAUGUCGUCUACCAGACACCCUACAAUUUCCGUGGCUUGAUCACAAUCGGUAAAGUCAUCAUUGUUAUCGAUCUGAUCAUGUUCGUAUUCUUCACAGCCUUGAUAAUGAGACGAUUCAUUGUGGCACAUAGUUCCUUAGGCAUUCAUUCAUCCGUCCCGGCGAAGCCUUCUUUGUGGGAACAUUCUGGGUCUCGGUCAGACUUAUUCUCCAAGGUAUGCUUUUGGGUGACCUGCAGCUUUACCCUGCUCUUUGCGAUUUUUCAGUACGACCUCCUGUUCGUCACUCAAAGGAUCAACAUCCAAGGAAUGACGCCUGCCUGGAUCUUACCCAUGUAUCCGCUCAUAGUCACAGGACGACUGGCUGGGGUGAUUCUUCAACAUCAACAGCCUCCCGCCGGAGUCCCUGUCUUUGUUGCCGGAGUCACUUUCCAAGGCCUAGGGUGGUUGGUCACUGCCCUCCUUUACGCGAUUUGGGUUAUUCGUCUAUUCUCUGCCGAACUCCCAGUACCGUCUCUGCGCCCUGGCAUGUAUGUCGCAGUAGGCCCGGCAGCAUAUCCCGCUGCGGGCCUAGUCAUUCUCUCCGAACGAGCAACGUCCGUCCUCCCCGUUGACUUUCUGGGUGUCCAGACUGUCUCUGCACCUGAGAUUCUCCGCGCAACGGGCAGCAUUGCAGGGAUCUUCCUCUGGCUGCUUGCGUUCUAG